GCGAGAGAAAUCAUUUAACGCCUGGUUCCAUUCAUUGAGCGACUCGGACUCCCGCUAGAUCUUACUGUCGCACGCAAAGCGAGACAACACUAGUAUAUUAUACUAGGCACACUCUACGUUUGUGUACAAAACGAAAGACGCGCUUGUGUGCGUGUAUGUGCGAGGUCUCGAGAAAAAGAGAGAGCUUUCCAGACUCAAGACUUACUGACUGACUUGUCAAGUGGAAAGACUUUAUAAAUUUUUAUAAGUUUUGGUUGACUCGCGAGUCUAUUGCAUCUUGUCUACACGAUAGUCUAUUUUUCUUCUUCUGAGGAUUUUCCUGUCAUCAACACAGAAGAUGAGUUCUUACGUCAAGUCAGGACUUUGUCUCGCUUUGGCCGCGUUGCAGAUCAGCCCUGACAACUCGCGCCAUGACGUGCUCGUGGAGGCCAAGGUCAGCCAGAAGGUUGUGCAGCCUCUGUCUCCUAGCAACGACAACAACAACAACAAACCAUCUCACGACGACGAGAAUGCGGCACCAAGGUACUCACGCACGGAGGUGGCGGAGCACUGUCAUUACGACUCCUGCUGGAUCGUGGUCAACAAUAAAGUCUAUGACGUCACACGAUUUCUCAGACAG